AUGGUGGAAAUUGCUGAGAUGCCAUCCAUAAUUGUUGACGAACCGUCCAAUUGUCCUCAAUGCCCGAAAACGUUCGCCAACGUACGGCUACUGCAGCAACAUCAGCAAAUGUUCCACUCGGACAAGUCGUUCAUUUGCGAAAUAUGCGGCAAAGCUUUUCGGUUUCGAUCGAAUCUGGCUGAACAUCGAUCUGUACAUACAGCAUUGAAACCAUACGUUUGUAAGUACUGUGGGAAGAGCAGUCGACUGAAAGGUAAUCUUACGAAACAUAUUUUGAAACAUCAUAAGAAAGAGCAGAACGAACAAAUCGGUAAAGAUGAUAUUAUCAUUAAAAAAGACCCAGCGGCUGUCGACUUUCUCGAGAAAUCCAUGAUCGUGAUGGCGCAAAAUAACUCGUCCGAUGGUACGACACCCUGUGCGAUACCAAAGGAGGAACCGAACGAUCAGGAAAGGUCCAUAUUGAUAUCACUUGGCCUUGACUACAGCCAUUCGUUGGAUCUCCGAGAUAGCCCCGAGGCGAGCGCUAGUCCCGAAAACGGUACGUAUAGUUCUGUGAAACCGGAAUACAUUGAAGACCAAUCGUACGGUAGCCCGCUGCCAGCAAAUACAGUUGGUGGCGAGACAUCAUUGGCUGCUCUAAUCGCUUCAGUGGGCACGCCCCCUCAUACUACAAACAACAAAACUCAGUGCUCCGAAUGUGGGAAACAUUUUCGUAAAAGCUCUUCGUUACAUGUUCAUAUGACAUUGAAUCAUGGAUUCCCACCACCGGAAUCCACUGGAUCAUCAGAAGAGAAGACAAGCGAAUGUGAAGCAACCGCUGAUGAGAGCUGUCUACGAACCGAAUUGCGAGCGAUGCGAAGUCUCGUCUGUGAUUUGAAGGCACAGAUUGCUGACAUGCGUCAAUCGCAAACAGCCCCACGAACUGAGCAGGUACCUAUCAAAUUUCUUGAGAAGAACGAAGCUAUGGCUUAUACAUUUGCAAUGAAAGCCGUCAGUAGCCAUUAG